UCAGAGAAUAAAACCCUGAACACUGCAGUUUACACUGCGUCAGAACUUCAUACUCACCACUCUCUCACUCAUCACCACUCUCUCUCACCCAUCACCACUCUCUCUCACCCAUCACCACUCUCUCUCACCCACCCCGUGUUCAUCUCCAACCUGAACAGAGCAAUGAGGAUCUCAGUGCGGCUCUUUCUCCUGAUCUUCUUCAGCUCAGUGUCUGGUGAUGCCCCUCUGCCCCGAGCUCAGAAUGUGACCUGGACAUCACUGAACUUUAAAACCAUCUUGACGUGGCGCUCCGUCUCUGAAAACACACACACUGUCGAGUUCUCCCAGGUGGGGAAAGACAGACAGAGGAAUCCUUACUGCAUCCAGAUCUCUCACCCGGAGUGUGACCUCACAGGUUAUCUCCAUUACCUUAAAGCCACCUACACUGCAGAUGUACUGACUGAGAUCAUGACCUUUGACCCCAUGGAGCUUCCAUCCACUCAGUCUGAAAGAUUCUGCCCUUAUAAAGACACUGUAAUUGGAGCUCCACAGUUCAAUGUAACAUUGGAUGAGAACGAUACAAUUGUGCUGCACAUCACUGACCAGCAGACGGCGCUGUACAGAGACGGACGCCAUCUCACUCUCCGAGACGUCUUUAAACACGACCUCAAAUACAGCAUCAUGUACAACAAAGCAGGAAAAACAGGAAGGAAGCCGAUUGUGAUGUCUGACAGUGAGGAGGUGGUGAUGAGGGAUUUGGAGCAAGGACCCAGUUACUGUUUCAGAGUUUUAGUGUCCAUUGCGUCUCGCAGCGUAAACAGGAAACUGGCCAAGUGGAGUUUACCCAAGUGUUCACCUGCACUGACCUCUAACCCCCUCACAGAGUUUGACCCUGUGAUGCUCGGCACUGCUCUCCUGGUCAUCGUGACGUUUCUCGUCGUCAUCAGCGUUUCGAUCGUUUGCUGCUGCAGACGGAGAGGAAGAGAAAAGCAGACGGAGAUUCAGGUCAUUAAAGAGAUUUAGAUUGAAACAUUAAUCAUCACGUCUUCAUGUGAGAGCUGCGCUUUAGUUUCUGUGAAACAUUAAUAUGAUCAGAUCUGAUCUCUCACACACACUUCAGCUUUAAUACUCCUCACAAACUCUAUACAUGAUCAGAUCCACGCUUCUGAUUCUGACAGUGAUGAUUAAAAUAUUCAGAUUUCAUUUUUUAUACGCUGAUAUUUUAAUGUUUAAUGUACAUUAAUGUUGUGUUACUUGUUUAGUUGUAAAUAUUGAAGUGUGAUGAAUAAACAUGUAUUCUACAGGAGUGUGUUUUUAAGUGAAAAUGUGGGUUUAUAUCACAUCAUGGAUUUAUUUUAUUUUAUUUUUUAAAUUUCAUAAGUAACUUUGC